UGAUGCCGGUGGGAAAGGCCGUGGCCGGAGCAGGGCCGGGGAUGCGCCUUGGCAGCACUUCAAAGCCCGAGAAGUCGUCCGGCCGAGCGCGCAGGCCCCACCCCGCGGCUUCCGGGCUUGCCCGGCAUUCGCAGCGGCGGCAGCGACCGUCACUUGCUUGCUGGGCUGCCGGGCUCUGCUCCGCCGGGGGGGGGGGGAUUGAUCCGGGCCGCCCGGCUCAGCCGAGCCAAUGCCCGGCGGGGGAAGGGCGCCCGGUCCCGCAGCGGGCGGGGAGAGCGGCUGGUUCCGCUUCGGCUUCCGCUGGGGCGGCGGCGGCGCGCAGGGCGGCCCUGAGCCACUGUCCGCGGAGGGGCCGGUGCGCCGCGUGAGGCCCAGCUGGAGCUUCGCGGCGGUGGUGGCGGCCGGGGCGGGCCGGGUGCGGCUGCAGGGCGCGGUGGCGGCGGCGCUCCCGCAGGACUGCCUGGACGCGCUGCCCUCCGAGACGCACGUGCUGCUGCUGCGGGAGGAGGCGCUGGAAGCUUGGCCCGCCGCGACCGGGCCGGCCGAGCUCCUGGAGGGGCAGCCCGUUUGGCGGAGGGAGCUGCGGGCGGAGGAGGCGGCGGCGGCAGAGCUGCCGCUGGUGCCCGGCGGCUACGUGGCCCCCCGGCCGCCCUUCUUCACCGCGCUCCCCGCCACCCUCCCGGCGCGCCGGCUGCUGCUGGGCCUGGAGCACGCGCUGCUGCUGGCCGCCGGCGGGGCGCUCUUCUCGUGGGGCGGCGGCAGGCACGGGCAGCUGGGGCACGGCGACCUGGAGAGCCGGCGGGAGCCGCGCGCGGUGGAGGCGCUGCAGGGCUUGGCCGUGGCGGAGGCGGCGGCGGGCGGCUGGCACUCGGCGGCCGUCAGCGGUGAGCGAGGCGGGGCGGGCGCGGCCCCUCCCCGGGCGAGCGAGGGAAGAAGCCCUUCCCCGACGGCGACUCACACCUCCCCCCCCCCAGAUGCGGGCGACCUGUAUUUGUGGGGCUGGAACGAGGCCGGACAGCUCGGGCUGCCCUCCAAAAUGUCCACCGAGAGUGGAGCAACAGCGGCAGCCAGCGGGGAGGCCGCUCAGGCCCCGCCGAAUCGCCCCCUCAGCCAGCGUGGCGACGGGCUGGACGUGGGGGCUGCGGACGGGCCCGGACGCGACGAGGUGCCCUUCGUCUCGCUGCAGCCCUUCCCUGCCCUGCUGGACUUGCCCGAGGAGGCCGAGGUGCGGCGGGUCAGCUGCGGGUCCCGACACACGGCCGCCGUGACGGGCACCGGACAUCUCUACACCUGGGGCUGGGGGAAAUAUGGCCAGCUGGGGCACCAGGAUGCGGCCACCUCUGACCAGCCGAGGAGAGUUUGUUACUUUGUGGAGAGGAAUCUGAGAGUGCAGGAGGUAGUCUGUGGUCCGUGGACCACAUUUGUCCAAGCUGAGGCUGCCGAGAAUGGGCCCUGAAUGUGCCAUAUCCACCAUACAUAUCUUUGGAGGCAGAGCUCCUUCACGGAGCUCAAUCUUGGCUCAAUUGUCCGGAGAUGUCCUGUGAGUGAGAAUUGGGGAGAGGGUUGUUGUCACUGGCCACCUCAGGCUUCCUCUGAGGUGAGCAGUGUAGAUGUUUCUUAAGGGAGCCAUGUUUACAUAUCAGAAGCACAACAUUAAAUGCAGAAUAAAAUGAUCUUUUAUGCAGAGCAAAGUCAGACAUUUAAAGAAACCAUGAUUAUUAAAUGGGCAAUCAAAGUGCCAGGAAUGCCAGCCUCUUAGCCCAGCCAUGAGAGGGCCAGUCAGUGAAGAGGGAGGUAGUGCAUGUCAGGACUGGUUCGCCUGUUACCUGCAUUUUCUCCCUCGCUCAUAGCUUGGCAAAAGGCAGAGUAGAGAUUGUGGAGUGGAACGUAAUGGGAGGGAUGCUAUCUAGGCAACCGAGGCAUCUUUUGAGAGCCUGCAGGAACACCAAGGUCACUAACGCAAGUGCUGGAUGGAGAAAUGGAUCUUUCCCAUAAGAAGAAGUAUUACUAUUGGACAAUGUGAAUAUCCAGUGGGUGAGAGGAGAGGGAAUCUAUUGUUUAAUUAAGUAAGCUUUCUUGUGGAAAAAUCAGAGCUGGUUUCACUUCUUCUGGGCCAAUGUAAAUUUUCAGUAAAGUAUUAUAUUCUUGGUAAAA